UUUGUUGCUCAGAGACAGUUUAGCGCGCUGCUGAUCCUGCGCCUGUUGGUGUGUAAUUUGUGCAGUUCAAACGAGCAGCUCUGUUAAACGGAUUAUUAUUGUGAUAAAGAGCAUGCCUACUAAAGUUACAGCAACUGCAGGCGGUCCUUCACAAUCUGUAUUUAAUGAGCAGCGGGAUGAAGAGCAGAAAACAUAGGUCCGUCAAAGCUGGAUAUAGCAAGAAGAAAGUCCCCAGCGAUGUGUCCCCCGCCACCAGCCUCCCUCCUCUAGUCGAGGGUGAGCUAAGAUGCUUCCUGCAAGUAUCAAUAAGCCGGGUAUUAUGGACAGUUCACAAGCCUCCCUCUGCAACAUUCGUCCGGCUGCGCUGGUGGGGAGAGUCUUCAAACGGGACACACUUCUUUCCAAGGGAUGGAUCCCAUCCGUCACAGAAGACCAUCAAGACCACAUCCCGCUUCCCCAUCCGCUGUGGGCCAAAGCAGUUCACCUCAUAUUUGACAGAUAUGAGCUCGCUGGUGCUGGAGCUUCUGACAAAACCGGAUCAUUUGCCAAUCGCAAGGGCUGAGGUUGCGGGCAUCUCUCGUCUCUCUUUGUCACACCCCAUUAGUGGAUUUUACACGCUUGUAUCUCCGACAUCUGAGAAAUUGGGAGAGUUACAGGUUUCCCUUAAUUUAGAGCCUCUUACAGAAGCCUAUGACAGCAGCAGCUCAGGUCCCAUCCCAAAUAUCAGCAUAGAAAGACCUAAAAUCACCACGCUCACCGUGCCCUCUCAGCCCAGAUCGCUCUCAGCUGGCAGUGGGAAAGGAUCAGCUGGGAGCAGCAGUGGAAACACUCCGAGAGGAAAAGACCACUUAUAUUUCCAAAAUGCACAGAAAGACAAAGAUGAACCACUUGAGAAUCAGAUGCCGACAACAAACAAAUCUCACAAUCAAAGUGUGGAGCCUUGUGGCCAAGCAACCACUGAUAUCCUCUCAGUUAUUCUAGAGCGUGGGAACAAGCUCAGAAAUGCUAUGGUGGUAUCAGCUUUGCAUUGUGACAGGGAUUCUGCUCCGGCUCUGAAAGACACUCCACCUCCUCUCCCAAAGGAUAACAUCCUGCUACCUUCAAAGCGCUUCCCUUCUCCCACUGGUGGGUUUCUUCAAAAUAUUCUUUUUGCUGAUUCAACUUUGAAGCCCUCUGAUGAAGUUGCUGUAAUCUCAGACUGCAGUUUAGACGGCCCCGUUGACAUGGACAACAGAGCUCUGGACCUGCUUCUUGGCAGCUUGAACACGUCUCCUCUGCAUCUUUGGGAUGGAGAUGGCUCCUUCCCUGAAUCUCUGUCCGGCCAUAGCAGUGUGUGUGGGGACAGCGAUCUCAAUGAUCCACAAUAUGAUCAGAGCUUACUGGAAAACCUCUUCUACAAAACUCCUAUUUCAGAUCAGAGACCAAACGACACAGAGGUGGAGGACCAGGGAACAGAGUCCUCGAGGAAAAGCCAGCUCACACAGUCUGCACUCCAAAUCGCUGCAGGUUCAAACUCAGCAGGUGCUGGUGGUAUUCUUCCCGGCAUUAGUGCAGAGCAAAUGUCGCUGCUGAGUUCGAUCAGACUGGCAAGAGUGACCAUCGUCUCCCUGGUCGUGUCUACAGGCAGUACAACCAGCGCACCUAGAAAGACCUCGAGCAAAGGGAAACCUCCUCGACCGCUAACCAGCAAGAAGUGCACAUAUCUCAUUGAGUACGUGUUCCCAGUGGCCUCCACUUCCAGUCGACAUGAUCGUAGUAAGAGUGGAGAUGUAGAGGUGACCAGAGCUGCUGCCAGUAAAGUCGCAGGAGGAAGGGUCAAGUUCCAUCAGCCCUCUGUGUUUCCGGUCCACUUUGAUACAGCAACAGUGAAGAAAUGGUGGGGAACUGAUCUGAUUUUCAACAUUUACUCACGAAAGAGCGACCAGAAGAAACCGGUUUCCAUCGGCAAGGCAGUGCACCCACUGCGAUCUCUGCUGGAGAGCCAGCAGCUCAGUCAGUCUGUCGUCUUACCUGUGCAGAAUGUGGAGGCAGACGGGGAAACACAGGAGAUUGGACCGCUCAAGGUCUCACUAGCACUUGGUAGAGAGAGCAGAGAUUUCCCUUCUGAAAAAAGUAAAAGAAAGGGGGCUCAGAGAGACGCAUCACCUUCCCACGCGACGCCCAGUCCGCAGAGAGUGACCAGCUCCAGAUCUCCACAUGUUGGCACUGACAGGGAAGAGUUACCAACUCAGUCCUUCGAAGUUCCCAGGCUGAAUGUUUGGACUCCUCAGAAACCCUCGAAGGACCCCUCUCCCCAUCCCGGACUCCACGCAUCUCCUCGUCUUUCACGGCAUCAGGAGGAAGACCCUCAACUCCUGCUGCAUACGUUACUCAUGGUUCCAGAUGGAAAGAACUUUAACUGUGGGCCAAUGCAGGCUCCGAAUGUGUACUUGAACUGCAAACUGUGGUGUGAUGAGACGGCAAGAUCUGUCAUCAGCUGGGGUCAGGAAAACCCUUGUUUCAACUUUGUUCAGGUGACGCCUGUUGCCUUAACAUCUAAGCUGCUGGAGCGAAUGAAGAAUAACGUGAUGGUGAUUGAGGUGUGGCAGAAGACGGCAAGUUCAGGGCAGGAUCGACUCCUCGGCAUAGUUAAACUACCUCUCCACCAGUUCUACAUGUCAUUUAGAGAUCCAAAGAUCACCCACCUUCUCCUCCAGGCACAAUACCCUGUGUUAGGGGUAGACUGCUACAUGCCUGUCGUCGAUGUGUUCUCAGGUAGUUGUAAUGGACACCUCAGGGUUGUUUUGGCUAUGGGCCGAUCAGAGCAAAUAGUCUCCCUCCAGCGCACAAGGGAUGAAGAUUACGACUGCUUGCCUCAUCUAUUGAGACCAGUUCAUCUGCUUGAUCACCAGCCUCAUUCAAAAACAAAGGAGCGAGCGGCACAAGAGGAACCAAUGAGAGAACAUCUGUUUGUGAUAAGAGUAGAGGAGGUUAAGGGGCUCACACCUCUGCAGUCCACCGUUUGGGGUGAAGCUGACUGCUACGUCCAGUACGGCUUCCCCUGUCAGGAGGGGGACUCUGCUGCAAAUUUGGACCAAAGCCUCAUAGAGAGUAGCGUGAACUUGAAACCGUUUCGGACCACCACAACUCUCUGUGUCCCCGACCCGUUGUUUGGACACGCUGAGACUCAUGUGCUUCUGGCCCCUGAAGGCGUUCCAGUUCAGAGGCUGCUGCUCAGCUCUCUUUCUAGUCAAGGCCUUAGCAGUGGAGGGGGUGUCCAGUUUGAAGUGUGGUGCAGGUAUUAUUAUCCAAACGUUCGGGACCAGCUGGUGGCCAAAGGAGUGCUGCCAUUGGCCAAGCUGUGUGCCAUGGUCACCAUGCAGAGACAGCAUCCGAAUGAGGCUCAAAAGUUCUCCCUGCCCUUGAUUCCCAGGACGGACUGUCCCACGGGACAUCAGCCUCAGCCCUCAGGCCUACUCAAUGUGUGCAUUCGGUACAAGCAUCGACCGGUGCGACCUGAAGGUCGGACCAGUAAAGGAGUCGCCUCUCGUGUUGUUACACUCGUGGUCCAGGUGCACAGAGCAUCGGGUCUGCAGGCCGCAGCGAGGGUUUUAUCAGAGCAAGAUGAAAGAUUCAGCUACUUUGCCGGGGUGGGCGUGAACUCUUACAUCACGGUUGAGUUCUCUUUCUUGCCUGAGAGGGAAAGGAGGUGCACCCGCAUGGCCCCCAGGACUUUCUGUCCGGAGUUCGACCACCACAUGGAAGUGUCCUGUGACCUGCUUCUUGUGAGGAGCAGUGGAGAAACCUGCAGCUUGGCUGAGCAGCUGGUGGAAGCCUCUGCUGUUUUCACUGUCUGGAACAAAGACAAUCGCAAAGCGCUGCACACUUCUAGACCUAAGGAUGUGGUGUUGGGCACAGUGAAAAUACCUCUGGCUGAUCUCAUCCAUAAAAGAACCGGUAUUUCUGGCUGGUUUGGAGUGUAUGUACCUCAGGAAAAGGGUUCUUCACAGCACCAGCACACCUUGGUUGGGGGCCUUGAAAUCUCCGUCAGCUUUGCCCACCACUCAGACAGGGAAAGAGUCAUUAAAUCUGCUCAGGGGCUGAGCUGGGAAAUAUCCCAGAAUGAAAUGCUGGUUGAUGAAGAUGCUUUGGAAGAAGGCAGGAGGAGAAUGUCUGUGACUUUCUCAAUGCCUAGAGCAUGGAUACCUGUCCACUGCCUGCUUCUGCCGGGUCUCACUGAGUUGGAGCGCUCAACCUACUGCUACUUCAGGUACAAGUUCUACGACCAGGACGCAUUCUGCUCCCAGAUGAGACACCCUGCUGUCGAGGAGGGCGGCCGAGCCACGGUGGCUUUCCAGGAAAGUAGAACUGUGGAAUUGAAGGGCACUCAGCCCUUGAUGUGGUAUCUUCGGGAGGAAAAGCUGGAGGUACAGGUGUGGGUUGCCUUCACAAAAGACAAAACCCAAAGGCCCCGAGACACAGACCGACUGGUGGGUUCAGCAUUUGUCGAUCUGUCCUCGCUCAUAAAGACACCCUCGCGGAAGCCAACUCUCAGUGGAGUGUAUCCCCUGUUCAGACGCUCAGCAGCAGAUCUACAAGGGGCUGCUCUCAGGGUGCACAUCGUCUUGACAACGGGGUCUUUCCAUGAGGAAGCAAGGACAGCCCCUGCUGGCGUGGACCCCCAAGUGGACUCGGACAGCCAGGAGGAGCCCUCAUCACAAAAGAUGGAAGCAGCAGAUCGAGCCUCGUCGCCCAGUACUCCCAAAACAUCACAACGAGGACACAAGAACAAAUCGUCUAGAUCAACUCCUGACACUGCUUCGAUGCAGCACACAGGGAUGAAUGAGGAUGACUCUUUCCCUGUGACUAUUGCAGUGCACCAGGCCAUGCACCUGAAUCUGAAGGGAUGUCCCCUCGCAGAGCGCAGUGAAGGGUCACCAUCCUGCUGUGUUUCGUACCUCACUGCAGACUCGGUCGAGCCGGGGUCCACAGCUGUCCUGGCCAACACCGACUGCCCUGUGUGGGACCAUCAGCAAGAGUGCAGGCUUUCAAAGCAACUGCUUGUGGAUCCACAACAGUCGCUUGUGUUCAAAGUCUGGCACAAAGGAGAAACAGAGAGGGUUAUUGGAUUUGCUUCAGUAGACCUGUCCCCCUUAGUCUGUGGCUUCCAGUCAGUGUGUGGUUGGUACAACAUCACAGACUUCAGUGGUCAGUGUCACGGCCAGCUUAAAGUGUCCGUCACCCCACGAAAAGGGGUCCAAGACCUCAGAGAACAGAGAAAAACUGUGAACGAAGAAGUAUCCAAAAAUUCCCCGACAUCUUUAUUCCAGGCACUCCCCCUCAGCUACCAUACCACAGCCACAUACAGCAGCUUCCCCUCUCACAUCAGCCGGUACCCCGAGCAGAAGAUCUCGUCACCCGACCACACGGACAGGCUGUUCUCUGAAAGGUCAAGUGAGAGUGACCGCCACUUUGAGCACAUGGACAAAGUACGUCAUUACCAUCAGAGUCUGCAGGAGCAAACAGCGGCUCAUUCUGUCUGCGGCAGUAGUGCUGCUGACAUCAGUCCCUCCAGCUCCUUUCUGUUUUCAGCACUCAGGAAAAAACUAAGUGAGCUGGACCACAUGCAGAGAUACUUUAGCCGUAAGAUUUCCACACCGACGUUCCCGUCCGUAAGUGAGCCGGAGGGUCCCGCCAAGCAUGAGGAGCAGAGGGACACGGAGACGGACACGUGUCAGCUUCUCCUCAAGUCCAACCACUUGGUUGGACAAGUUAACAGUAUCAUUAAUGGUCUACGAGGAAACCACCUAGAAACGAUCCCCUCAGAUCCCCAGAGCAGCUCAACCACUUCCCCUGUUGGAGACAACCCCGAAACUCUGCGUGAGAGUAUCUCCAGUCCAUGCAGAGCGACGCACGCUUUCCGGGAACAUCUGUCUCCUCUGAACUCGCCCAAGAUGUCUGGAGUCCGUAGUGACUCUGAGCCUGAGGAAGAAAAGAACAGUCGAAUCAACAAGGUCACUGCCUCUGAGGACGAAGAAGGAUCAGACAAAGAUGAAGACGGGACAGGUAGCACCCAGGAUGAUGAGGAGGAGGAGGAGGAGGAGGAUUACGAGGAGGUUGUGGUUAAGCCGAGGCAUCUCAAUGAGGUAACCUCUCUGACAGACAAAACCAGUCCUUGGACAAGCAUCCUGUCAGAGCCCGACUGGAUUUCUCUGAGGAGCCCGGAAGCCCCAGAGGAGCCGUUUCAGAGCGAGGAUGAGGACGAGAAAAGACAGACGGUACCUCCUGAGAGCGGAGGUAAACACAAACGUGCCAGAAGAGAAGAAAGUGACAAAAGGGACAGUUUUAAUGGAUCAGGGAGCGAGGUUUCAGACACAGAGCAAGGCUGUGAGAGGACGAUACCAGGUUCAGACGAAAGACAAUCAGACGAGCCCGACCGCCCCAACGAUGAGUCAAGGGACAACGCUUCAUCACCCACUACAGAUACAGACGAUGCUUCAUGCUCAACAGAGGUCCCACUCCAACCCCCUACAGAGAUCCCUAAUUUCUUCCUCCCCUCUCACCAACUGGAGGCAUCUAUGAGAGUUAUACGUUUAGCUCCUUCUUUCUCCAACACAGUCAGAGACCCGGGGCCGAGCGCUCCACAUCACAGAGGUCCCGGACAGCGGCCCAACAUGUCGCCAUCAUCCAUGAAGAAGGAGACGGAAAGAAUAAAAAAAAUAUUUGCGGCUCACUUUGAUGUAAAUAACUAGUUUGUGUUGUUUGACUUUUGUACAGUUCAGUGGUUUUCUAUCAUGUAAAUUAAGUGUCAUAUGUUGCAUUUUUAUAAAUAAAAAACUUUUUGUCUGUA